GACGACGACGACGACCAGGAGAACAAAGACAAGGGCUAGGAGGGCUUUCCAGUCCAGAACGAUGGAGUGUGACGAUGCGGCCGUCGAACGCCAAAAGCUAGUGUCGAACGAUGAGGAGGACGAUCAGAACACCAUCACGAAUCUUUCCUCGAGCGGGCAGGCCAAAUCCGUACAGACGCCCAUCUCACCCGUUCUGAGCAACAAGUUGUUUUCCAGCGGCGAAACUAGCCGAAGCCAAAACUCUACCAGCUACUCCCUCGGGAAGGGACUCCCGAACGAUGCACCACUGGCCACUAAAGUCAGCUACGUUAACGAACGCAAAGCGCAGGAUACAAAGCCAAAGGCGAAGAAAAUCCAACGAGAGCUCACUCCGACCGGUGGUAUUCCGAUCACCGCUACCACUACUACCAAUACCAACACAAACACCAUCACAACCACUGCGGUUGGCACGGUCUCCUCUUCCAGCACUAGUAGCAAUCUCCCGGACGGACCGAUCGCACCACCACCAACGGCCGUACCGCACGCUAGCGGCGUAACCCGCCAGCUUAAAUCUCCGCCACCACAGUACCAACGGCCAAAGCCACCCGAUUCGUUGCCCUCGGCAACUAGCAGCGGUGUAGGGGGUGCGGGUAGCGGCGGCGGCGGCGGCGGUGGUGGUGGUGGUGGUGGCAGUACAAAACUGCGCCACCCAUCGAGUGUGCAUCCCGUGUCGUCGGCUGCCUCGGGCAGCUCAAUAACGCACAAUUUCUCAUCCCGUCCACUAAAGCAUCAUUCUUUCAUAUCAGAGGUACCCGACGUGCGGCACAUGGAGCGAGCCCUACUUGGAUUGCUGGAGGAUUUCCAUUCGGGCAAACUGAAAGCUUUCGGUUCAGGCUGUACGAUGGAGCAGAUGACGAGCAUCCGCGAGCAGCAGGAAAGUUUGGCAAAGUUACACUUUGACCUUGGCACAGAAGCAUUUACCGGUGGCAGCAAUAAUCCGAACACCGACAACGAGCUGCAAGCGCAAAGCAAUAUGAAGAAGCUGGUACAAAAGCUGGAACAAUUGUCCUUCUCAAUAGAGAAGCUUCACUCAAGCAAUGUGGAAAAGUAG